AUGGGAGAUGAUCAGACCUUGCUUGACACGUUGCUUCAACGGUUAUCUACGGCAUUCAAGAUUCAGGACCUUGGCACGCCAAGCUUCUUCCUCGGGAUUGAAACCCUAUCCAUCGAUGGUGCCCUAGUCCUAUCCCAGCGUCGCUAUAUGGGAGACAUCUUAAAUCGGGCCGGUAUGACUGACUGUAAGCCCCUCACCACCCCGGCCGCUGUGACUCAAGCUGUUGCACCUAAUAAUGAGCUCUACGACAACCCCACACAGUACCGCCGCCUUGCCGGCGCUCUUCAGUAUUUAACAAUCACACGCCCAGAUCUCUCAUACUCUUCCUCUGCAUCCACGGACAUUCAUGCGUUCUCCGACUCGGACUGGGCCGGGUGUCUAGUAGACCGGAAGUCCACAAGUGGGUAUGCUGUGUUUCUAGGCACAAACUUGGUCUCGUGGGUGUCCCGAAAACAACGGACCGUGGCCCGAUCUUCCACUGAAGGAGAAGACAAGGGGUUGGCAGAUGUUUCAGCUGAAGUCACUUGGGUUAUUUCGCUGUUGCGUGAACUUGGUCUACACUCAGGACGGCCUGCGAUGCUUUGGUGUGACAAUCUUGGGGCUACCUACCUCUGUGCUAAUCCCGUUUUUUAUGCCCGGACUAAGCACGUGGAGAUUGAUUUUCACUUUGUUCGUGAUAGGUUGCCUCGGGGGAGUUUCAGGUCAACUUCGUUUCCACGAAAGAUCAACUAG